GUAAAAAAGCCGCUUAUAUUUAAUCCACAAAUGGCAACUUUUAAGCCAAAGUUUCUGAAACCGGAAACUGACGAUGCGAUUGCCGAUGCCGGCGGCGGGCAGGAGCCGCAGGGCUCUGCCUUUGUCUUCAAUGCGAAUCACAAUCUUGGCCUAGUCGAGCAGCGCGAGCGCCUGCCCAUCCGCAAGUACCGCGACCAGAUUCUGUACUGCCUGGAGCACCAUCAGGUGGUCAUACUGGUGGGCGAGACGGGCAGCGGCAAGAGCACGCAGGUGCCGCAGUACUUGUACGACUGGGGCUGGCACAGCAAGGGCAUGAUUGGCAUCACCGAACCGCGCCGUGUGUCCACCGUGACGCUGGCCAACCGCGUGGCCCAGGAGCGCGGCGAGCUGGUGGGCGAUACGGUCGGAUAUGUGGUGCGCUUUCUGGAGCGCAUCUCCAGCGAGACGCACAUCAAGUUCAUGACGGAGGGCAUUCUAUUGCGCGAACUGCUAGCCGAUCCCCUGCUGACCCAAUACGGCGUCAUCAUUGUGGAUGAGGCGCAUGAACGCAACAUGCUCACUGACAUGGUGCUCGGGCUGCUGAAAAAGAUUCUGCGCAAGCGCAGCAAUCUGAAGUUAAUAAUCUCCUCGGCCACCAUCGAUGCGAACUUCUUCAGCGAGUUCUUCAGCUGGCCAGGUGCAGACUCCGAUCAUCCCAUCAGCGUCAAGCUGAGCAUAGAGGGACGCAUGCACGCGGUCAGCCACUUCUAUCUGAACGAGCCUUGCGCGGACUAUGUGCGCGAAACCGUGGAGACCGUUUGGAAGCUGCAUCAGAAGGAGUCGCUGGGCGAUAUCCUGGCCUUCUUAACCGGCCAGGAGGAGGUGCUGGAGGCGCUGGACCUGCUGCGCGAAUACAUAGCCGGCGCCGAGACGACCAAUCUCAAGGUGCUGCCCAUGUACGGCAGCAUGUCGAGCAGCGAUCAGCUGGCGGUGUUCUUUACGCCGCCGAAGGGGGUGCGCAAGGUGGUGCUGGCCACCAACAUAGCGGAGACCUCCAUCACGAUACCGGGCAUUGUGUACGUCAUCGACUGCGGCUACGUGAAGGUCAAGUGGUACAAUCCGGCGACCUGUAGCGACAGCCUCGUCGUUGUGCCCAUCAGUAAGGCCUCGGCCGUACAACGUGCUGGUCGCGCGGGUCGCGUGCGUCCCGGUAAAGUAUAUCGACUGUACACGAAGCAGGACUACGAUGCCUUGGCGCCACGUCAGCCGCCGGAGAUGCGCCGCAGCGAGAUGAGCGGCGCUGUGCUGCAGCUGAAGGCGCUGGGCAUUGGCAACAUUUUGCGUUUUGAUUUCCCCUCGCCGCCGCCGGCCAAAAAUCUGCUGUCCGCCCUGGAGACGCUUUACGCCCUGGAUGCCAUCGAUGAGCAGGGUCAGCUGACCAGGCCCGUGGGCUUUCUGCUGGCCGAAUUGCCCUUCAGCGCCAUGCUGUCCAAGAUGUUGUACGUUUCCGGGCAAAUGGGCUGCGCCGAGGAAAUCAUUACGAUUAUUGCCAUGCUCCAGGUGCAGUCGGUCUUUUCCCGCCCGGCGUCGGCGGCAGCUCAGCAAAGCGGACGCAUUGCACAUCGUCACUUCGAGGUGGCCGAAGGCGAUCUCAUCACGCUGUUGAACAUACACACCGCCUUUGUGGAGGAGGGCAUGACCAAGGAGUUCUGCGGCCAAUAUUAUCUCAUCUAUCGCAAUCUGAAGCGUGCCUGCGAGCUGCGCGAGCAACUCCUGACGCUAGCCCGCAAAAAGUACGGCAUAGCCAUCUUCUCGUGCAAGGGCGACGUGGAGAUGCUGUGCAAAUGCAUCACCGCUGGCUUCUUCACGCAGGUCGCCUACCUGCAUCACUCGGGCGUCUACAGGCAAAUCAGCAGCGGCACCGAGCUGGCCAUACAUCCCAACUCCACUCUCUACACGCUGCCCCAGGCGCAGUACGUCGUCUACUCCGAGCUGCUCCAAACGACAAAGCUCUUCAUGAACCACGUGACGGUCAUCAAGAAGGAAUGGCUCACGGAACUGGCGCCCCACUACUACCAGCAGACCACAGUCAGGGAUUAGCAGCGGCCGGCGGCGACGCGUCCGCGACCCUGGAACAUCAUCAUGGACUCGGGACCGCGAAUGACGCGCGAAAUCAGCUCCCAGCACAU